UUCAGUACCAGAAGUGGCAACACCGAGCUACACUCCGGAUUACCCUGCAGUGUUGCUCCGGGAUCCCUUGAUCACUUACCUUGUCCUUCGCUCCCGCGAUGUCCCCCUUGCAGCAUCCCCGGCCAUCUCCUCCGGCCGAUGUCGGCAUCUGUCUUCUGGGUUCCAUUCCCUGCGAGCGUUGGGAUGUACAGAGGAUGGAACCAGCGGGAAAUUCAAAAAUUUAAAAAUAAUGUAAUACUAUUUCACAUAGAUUUUGUCCCGAGUGCUUUGUCCGGCGCCCUGCCUGCAUUUUUACUGUUCUUUCUG